AUGGGAACGGUCGACUUCACACAAUAUGUGCCACCGUAUAUGGCGAAUAGCACAACCCAUCGUCGAUUGCAAAGUCGAACCGAAACUCAGACUGAUCGAUCUCGAAUACCUGUAAUGCUUUUAUUCCAUUACAACUCUUGCUUCCCUAGACUUGAGGAUGUGUCUGUCGACAACGCUCAAUCUCCGAGAGCAUUCUUACUCGAGGAUGUUUCUAAUCAAUGGGCUUUUAGGCUUGCCUACCAUUCUGGUGACGGAGACAACGUAGACGAUUACCUCUGGCAGCGAGCUCUCGCACUCAACUCCCAUCUAAAUACAGUCUUUACCUCGGGCGACAUACCUCAGCCAAAUAAAACGGGAAUGAGUCGACCUACAGACGGUACGAGCAUUUUCAACAUGCUUGAAAAUUUCGUUGUAUCUCGACAUGAGAGUUGUUCUCAAGCAAUCACGCACUGGUUCAAAUUGCAUCGACGAAGUGUCGGAAUGACAAAACACGAUGUGCGAUUCAAAGUGGUUCAUGAUCGAUCCGAAUUCGAAUCGGCCCCACCUUCCUUGAGCUCAGAGGAGGAUGUAUUUCCCGAAUAUGAACAGGAGUAUCAAGAUUAUAUGAGAAGCUUGGAGGGUUAUACGUUUUGUGAUUUGAAGGGUGAACCUCUGCCAUCGACUGUAUCAAAGGGAUGGAUCUGGCCUGUCAAUGCACCUAGUCAGAAGGCGGAUGUUGGCUCUUGGUACAGCUGGUGCUCAAUCUUGCCCUUCACCCAGUGA